AUGAGCAAAAACAACGACGGCAAAAAGACCCCUAUCCUCACUCAUUUGGUUGCUGGUGGUGCUGCUGGUUUCAUGGAAGCAUGCACCUGUCAUCCAUUGGACACGGUCAAAGUCAGAAUGCAACUCGCUCGCAAAGCUCAAGUUAGCGCCUCUGGAAGACGCCUUGGUUUCCUAGGUGUUGGUAUUCGCAUUGUGCAAAAUGAAUCUUUCUUCGCUCUCUACAAGGGUCUUGGUGCCGUCAUUGGUGGUAUCGUACCUAAGAUGGCUAUUCGAUUCAGCUCCUUUGAGAUCUACAAGGGUGCUCUCGCUGACGAGAAUGGCGUUGUUAGCCGUACUGGUGUUUUCCUUGCUGGUCUUGCUGCUGGUACAACGGAAGCUAUUAUGGUGGUUGGCCCAAUGGACCUCAUUAAAAUAAGGAAAUUUGAUUGA